AUGGGAGAUUGGCGUCAAGGGCGGCAUGGCAUCGCAUCUUUUGUCGUAUGUUUCUGGCUGACCCCAGAAUGUUGCAUCGGCAGUAGGAUUUGGAUUAUGGACGAUGGAUCACGGCCAUGGAGAUGGCCUCGUAGUGCCAUGCCCAUGUCGGCGUUGAAGCCCAACUAUGGAUGCUUUUGUGUAUCCGAACCGCCGGGUCCCUUGCCGUGUACGCCAGCGCCAUUGCGACUCUUGGGAUGCUUCGUUUUUCUGAUUUUGUCGUUGUGGCCUCCCCAGGAGCAGGCUACAAUGUAA